AUGCCCAUCCAAAAAAUAGUGAAAUCUUUUCCAUCAACUACCUCCAAAGACCAAGUUCCAAAAUUAUUCCAUGAACCACAUGUAGAGACUGGAUUUCGACACCUUCAUCAACCAUGGAGUUAUUAUUUCUUCAGUGUAUUUCAGGUUCAUAAUGAAUGUAUGAACACGUGGACCCACCUAAUAGCAUUAUGGUUAAUUCUAUACCGAACUUACCGCCUGGCACUAGAAUUUGAUUUUAUCAAUGACCCUUAUAUGUGGCCUUUAUUAGCUAGCUUAUUAACUAUGAUUAUAUUAUAUAUUUGUAGUAGUUGUGCUCAUUGUUUCUCUAACAAAUCAGAAUCAAUUCACUAUACAUGCUUUAUGAUAGAUUAUGCUGGCAUAGGUUUAUAUGGUAUGGGUAGCACCAUGCUACAUUAUGCUUACUGUCUUCAUACUGAUAUGGUUGAUACAUGGGCCCAUCACUGGGAUGUAGAGUUAGGAGUUUGUUUAGGUGUUUUAGUAACUGUUUGCUGUUCUAUAUCUAAAACACGUUAUUCUAGACCCUACCCAUUUGUGAGAAGAAUUUGGCAGUUAUCGUCUACAUUAGCAGUAUAUGUGUGGUUGAUAUAUCCAAUAGCCUAUCGAGUUGCACUAUAUUUAUUUCAUCAUCAGUGGGAUUCCGGAUUGAGUCAUCAUAUUCAACAAAUGAUUUGGUUUUUCGCUGGUGGAUUCUUCUUCGGAUCUGACGUACCUCAAAGAUUUUGUCCAGGGAAAUUCGAUUUCAUUGGACACAGUCACCAGAUCUUCCAUAUCUGUAUUUUAAUGACAUCAUACAAACAAUUAGAUGCUGUUUAUGAAGAUAUCAAAAAUAACUGGGCUGAAAUACACAGAUUACCAGAGCCUACCUUAAUAAAUUCAUUCGGAGCAGUAUUAUUAACUAUUGUAUUAAAUAUGAUAGCUGUGAUGUACUUUAGAUCUGUUGCUUGUCGGAAAAUACAUGACAAUAAUCAACAAAAUAAUAAUAUUAAUCACAAUAAGACUGAUUAG